UAAGCACUUGUAGGGGGCGCUAGAGAGCCGUUCUUUUAUCUCCAAGAAUAUCAACAUUUUUCUCACUUCUGAUGCGCAUGCAAAAAAUCAAGUGAUUGAAAAGAGAGAAACUCUUUUUGCCAAUAAUCAGGUGAAUAUUUUGAGGGACCCAGUGGGAUAAAAGGUUGUCUCAUAAAUAAUAUGAUUCAGUCGUGUACGUCGCUUCCCAGAACCCGACCCAACAAACCGGAUCGACUUACAAUCCUGUCGCUCACGUCUCACAAAUCAAACGGUUAAACACAUUCUUUUGUUAAAGAGUUUCUACAGACACACCGAGCUGUGUGUUCCUGCCGGGACUCGAUGGUUAAAUGAUGAUUGAAGGACCUUAACGGAGUCACAGAGUGAAAGAACCUGAGCGGAUGGAGGUGUCUCCUGCAGGGCUGAUGGGAGGUGUGAGGACCCGCCUCUCUCCCCUCAGCUGGUCCUCGUUGGUCCUCCUGCUGCUUCAGAGCUCCACUUCUGCUCGGGUUCACCAGAGGAAACACCGAUGCACGCCAUGCUUUCCCUCCCAGCUGCUGCUCUGUGCGCCCUGUGUUCAGCGCUGGUUGCCAUGGCAGCAGAGCUGACUCAGGAGGACCUGACGUUGACCAGGAGUGUUGGUGGGAAAGUUUCCUUCAGCUGUCGAGGCACUACACAGUGCUACAGUAAUUAUGUAUACUGGUACCAGAAGAGAGACACAGGAACAUUCACACUGAUUCUUGAUAUUAAUAAGAGAAAUGGAAACAUAGAUAAGGGGUACAAUCAUCCUCAGAAAGAUGAUUUCACAGCUGUGAAUAAAGGAGAUGGCUGUGAUUUGGAGAUACAGACAGUUAAACCCAGUCAUUCAGCCUCCUACUACUGCUCCUGCUAUUACUAUGGUUACUUCAUCUUUGGCUCUGGGACCAAACUGUACGUAACAGGUGAGGAGGUGGUGAAGCCCGUGGUGAGCGUGUACCCAGCAGCAUCCAGCGCCAACCUGGAGGGGAGGAGCUCCCUGCUGUGUCUGGCCUCCUCCAUGUUUCCUCCUCUGGUCCGGUUCUCCUGGAAAAGACAGAAGGAGAACGGUCCUCUGGUGGAGAUGCUCCCUGCUGAGGCAGAGCAGCUGGAGCUCACAGAGUCCGGACGCACCGCCGCCAUCUUGCUGGUCCAUCAGCAGGAGAACAGCCGCUAUCGAUACCGCUGCUGCGUCCAUCACGAGGGGGGAAGGGUGGAGGCCCAGACCGAGCAAGAGGUCAGAGUUCCUCCAUCAUCUCCUCCAUCAGCUCUUCCAUCAUCUCCUCCAUCAGCUCCUCCAUCAGCUCCUCCAUCAUCUCCUCCAUCAGCUCCAGGCCCGUCUCCGUACCAGGUGAAGCUGCUGUGCCGGCUCUACGUGGGGCUGGUAGUGAAGAGCCUGGUGUUCUGCUGUGGAGUCUCUCUGGUGAUGGUCCUGAGGAACACUGCUCACAUGUAGGACUUCUCUCCUCUUCACCUCCAUCCGUUAGUCCCUUUGAUCAGCAAUCGUUAACAUCUGCUUCCAGGUGAUGCUUAUGUCCAGAUGUUAAACACCACCAUCCUAAAGGUAUGAAUACAUACACCUGUGUAUUCUACUGACAUUUACUGUCAUUAUUUCUACUGUUAAUUACAGUAUUUCUACUUAAACAUCUUGUAUAAUGAUGGAACAUGAUGCGG